AUGGGAGACAGUGGUAUUGUACGGUUUCCGGGAAUCUUAGACCCUAGGGCACAAGAAUACACACCUAGAAACCCAUAUUUACCCUUAGUUCAACCCCAAAUUUUCUAUCCAUACCUUCCUUAUCCUCCACCACCAUCCACUUAUCCAUCAUCAUCUAGUGAAUUCCAAGUCAUGCCCUUCUGUGAAAGCGGUGGUGUAGGAUAUACCCAGUUCACAGCGCCACCAGGUUACGUUAGCGCAGACCCUCCGUUGCCUCCGCUUCUGCCACCGCCGUGUGUGACGCCGUCAAGAACUCUUCUAUUGAGUUCUGUACCCACCAACGUGUCUGAAUCGACGGUGAGGAGAGAAUUGGAGGUGUUUGGCGACGUCAGGGCGGUGCAGAUGCAGAGAGUUCGUGAUGGAGUCGUGACCGUUCAUUUCUAUGACCUGAGACAUGCGCAAGAGGCGAUGGUGGAGAUUCAGGAACAACACAUGCAACAACAGUGCAGGUUGAGAAUGCACUACGAUACAGUUAUGGCUCUGAAUUUAGUGUAUGAGUCCAAUCCUUUGGUUCCUCCGUUGCCCCCUCCGGCGCCGGGACUUAUCGCCGGCCGUGCUGUGUGGGCCCAGUUUGCAGUUCCGGUUACGGCCGGUGUUCCAAAUGGGAACAACCAAGGGACGCUCGUGAUUUUCAAUUUGGACUCGGAGGUCACCGCCAGUAGUCUAAGAGACAUAUUUGAAGCUUUUGGGCCUGUGAAGGAAUUGAGAGAGACCCCAUUGAAGAAAUUCCAAAGGUUUGUGGAGUUCUACGAUAUAAGGGACGCAGCUAAGGCUCUAUCAGCGAUGAACGGCAAAGAAAUUCACGGCAAGAGUAUUGUACUCGAAUUCAGUCGUCCUGGUGGCCACAGCAAGAGGUUCUCAAAAGUCGCACAAAAUUGUGGUCGAAUUUUUCCGUCUCCGCCGUCGACACCACCACCUCCACUUUUCUUGCAUCGUAAGACAUCCUGUCGGUCGCUGGCCAAUGUGCCGCCGCGUUGUUGCACCUCUCAAACGCAAUCUUCCGGGAAGAAACCAAGUUUUAGGAAGGAAAACCCUAAUGGGUAUGGUGUCAACAAGGGCAAUGUUGGUGGGGCAGUUCAAGCUUCCAUGUCUUCUUUGUGUAUAACUGAAAGAAUUGGAAAUGGGUCUGAAGAGACUGUUAACGAUAGGCCUCCUCCAAAGAAGAAUUCAAAGAAGGGUCUUAUUUCAACUAGUGCUAGUUCUAAGCAGCAAUCACAGCAGGGUAAGAGUAGUAGGCUAUGGAAGGGCUCAAAUCGAGCCAAGGAUUUUGAUCCCCGUUUUUUGAUAAACGAAGAUGCCAUUAUAGAAUCGAAUUUCAGAGAUUCAAGAACGACUGUCAUGAUCAAAAAUAUACCCAAUAAGUACAGUCAGAAGCUAUUGCUGAACAUGCUGGACAACCACUGCAUUCACUGCAACGAGCAGAUUGGCCACGGCGAUGACCAGCCCUUGUCCUCCUACGAUUUCGCAUAUCUCCCCAUUGAUUUCAACAACAAGUGCAAUGUGGGAUAUGGGUUUGUGAACAUGACCUCCCCACAGGCAACUUGGAGACUCUACAAGGCCUUUCACCUUCAAAGUUGGGAGGUCUUCAACUCUAGAAAGAUCUGUGAAGUCACCUAUGCCAGAUUACAGGGGUUGGAAGCAUUGAAAGAGCACUUCAAGAACUCGAAGUUCCCGUGCAACACUGAGGAGUACAUGCCAGUGGUCUUCUCACCACCUCGAGAUGGGGGGCGAUUGACUAACCCCGUUCCCAUAUUUGGCCGCCAUAUUUACUCUCCACCUCUUCCUCUAUCCCCUUCCGCCGUCAGUUCUUGGAACGACGAAGAGAUCAACGGUGGUGAUAGCCCCGAACACGCAGUUGACGAAACUGGUCACACAACUGUCAGUCAUAAUGAUGAUGACUGUGAUGGUAUUGACGAUGACGACUUGAGUGGCGGCGGAAGCAACCCAAACGGCGGCGAAAAUGAUGGUGGUGAUCAUGAUUUGUAA